AUGCCGCGCCCUCUCCGCGCGGGUUGGCUCCUGCUUCUCGUCUCCAUCCUCGCGUCGCUCGCGAGAUGCGAAGGCGCCGGCCCGCCUCGCUUCGCGGACGGGUACCCGCGCGUCGAGCGCACGGGCGCGCUCACGUUCGUCGUGUCGCUGAAGCUCGACCUCCCCGGGGCGGUAGACGUCGUCGCGGCCGCGGAAGGCGAUUACCCGUCCUGGGGAGCGGGAACGUCGCUCGCGAGCGUGAGGAAGGCGGCCGCGGAAGGCGGCGAGAUCGUCGACCCGCCGGACGCGUCCACGCCCUCGCCCGCGUUCUUCCGCGAGACCGUGUCGCUGCCGACGGCGGGGACGGAGGCGUGGGUCACGAUACGCGGCGCGUGGAACGCGCGACAUCCCGAGCGCAGCGGCGCGCACAACGCGUUCGUCGCUCGCCCGAACACGACGUACCUCGUCGCCGCGGCGCCGACGGACGACGCCGCGGGGGACGACGACGUGCGCGCGGUGGAGGCCACGACGGCGGCGACGAUAUCUUCGGACGCGUCGUUGCGCGCGCUCGGCGUCGGCGGCGUCGCGUCUCUCGUCCCCGCGUUCGACGCGUCCGAACGGGACGACGCCUCAGCGGCGACGCGCGUCGCGGAGGUCGACGCGGACGCGGAGAGCGUCGUCGUGUACGCGUCGCCGAACGCGGGGGCGGUCUGGCGCGUGACGACGCGCGACGUAGAGAUGAAGAUAGGACGCGGGGAGCACGGGGAACCGCCCGGGGCGCACGUCUCGCCGCCCGCGAGGGUCUUCUACGGGACGAACCGCCCGUUCGAGGUGGUCGUCACCGCGGAGGACCGGGUCACGACGCGGCGGUACCGGCUUGCCGUGUUUCGACCGAGGUCCACGGAAGCGCGUCUCGCCGACCUCGUCCUUCGCUCGCGAGAUUUGAAUGCGAGGUUCGACCCGGACGUGUACGCGUACUCCGCCGCGGUGCCGCACGACGUCCGCGGCGUGAAGGUGGUGCCCGCGGUGAUGGACGAGCGCGCGCAGGCGAUUCGCGUGAAUGCCGUGCUCGUGAAGAACAAGGCCGCGAGCGAGGACGUCCCUCUGCGCGUCGGGAACAACGUCAUCGCCGUGGAGGUGAUCGCGCAAGACCCGAAGUACUCGAAGGUGUACCGCGUCGAAAUCGCGCGCGCGUACCCGGGGACGGACGUCGAGCUCGGGAUGCUCGAGGUCAGCAGCGUCUCGACGCUCGUGACGGGGAGGUCCAUGGGGAUCGAGGUCACGAAGACGGUGCGGACCGAGCACGCCCUGACGCCGCGAUUCGACCCGCCGCUGUCGUCUCCCUCCGCGGCGACGGGCGUGGACGCGUACGCCCUCGACGUCGAUCACGCGGUGAAGCGAAUCACGCUCUCGGCGGCGGCGAGGGACGACGCCGCGACGCUGACGGUGACCUCGGCGGCGCUCGACGUCUCGCCGAGCGGCGCGACCGUCGUGACGGUGACGCUCAGGGGACGUCCGACGAACGAGCGUCUCGCGUCGCCGUGGCUCGCUAACGUGCGGGAGUUCGACGUGAACCUUCCGAUCGGCCGCACGCGCGUGGAGGCGACGGUGACCGCGGUGGACGCGCGUGUCGCGAGGACGCGGACGAUCACGGUGACGCGCUCGGACGCCGCGUUCGACGCGACGUUAUCCGACCUCGUCGUGUACGUCGCGAGCGGGCUGCGCCUCGUGCCCAUGGUCCCCGCGUUCAGCCCGAGCGUGUACGCGUACUCGGUCAACAUCACCGCGGACGACGUCGCCGUCGUCGCGGCGCCGACAGCCUCUGACUCGAUGCAUCGAUACGUUCGCGUGAACACGGAGGUCAUCCCGUCCGGUUCGCUGUCGCGAGAGCACGUCGUGCCUCCGGGGGGGACGAUACGCAUAAACGUCGCGGUCACCGCGCAGGACGGCACCACGGUCGCGCAGUACGACGUCGACGUCCAUCGCGCCGCGCACGCCGAGGACGCGUCGCUGAAGAGCUUACACGUAUCCGCGGGCGCGUUGACCCCGGGGUUUUCGCCGUCGGUCACGACGUACGCGCUCACGCUCGGGCACGCCGUGAACGCGAUAGCGGUGACCCCGGUCGCGAGCGAUCCGAUGUACGACCGGAUCAUCGUGAACGGCGUCGGACAACCGUCGGGGAGCGCGUCCCGGGAUAUCGAGAUUCCCGAGGGGCACGGCAACGGCGAGGAGCGCACUCUGGGGACGACGACCGUGCUCGUGACGUGCGUCGCGCAGGAUCGCGCGACGUCGACGACGUACGUCGUUCACGUCACGAGAGAACCCACGCCGAUCGCGCCGAGCGACGCGACGCUGCGCGAGCUGAGGGUCGCCCCCACCGCGGGGACGAGACUCGUUCCCGCGUUUCAUCGAGAGACGUCGACGUACGAGCUCUUCGCCCCGCACAGCGCGCCGUCCGUGUCGCUCACGCCGAUCACAAACGACGUCAACGUGUACAGGAUAACCGUCAACGGGGACGACAUCGAACGCGGCGACGCGUACACGACGACGAUGGACGAUCUUCUCGCGAGAGAGGACGUGUGGAUAGAUAUCAAGGUUUACGCGGCGAAUUGCGAUCCGGAUUGGGCGUCCGCGCCGUUACUCGUCGACGGAUACCCGCCGACGUGGUGCUCGCGUCGAACGUACAGGGUUGAGAUGCUCGAGUACGGGCCGGGCGCGUACGAAGGGCUUCGACAUCUGAGCUCCGGGGAUCAGGCCGACCCGGGCGGGGCGAUUCGAGAGAUGCGCCCGUUCCCCGUCCCCUUUCGCGACUCCCCCGCGUUUCUGUCGUCGCUCGAAUGGAAAGACGAAGGCGCCGACGACGAAGGGUACUGCGGAAAUUGGCUGUGCGCGAACUCCGUCGUCGACGCGACGCUCGCAGGGUUGGAAGUUCGCGUGUCUAGGACGAACGCGCCGCUGACCGGGGACGCGCCGAACCCGGCGAGCGCGGCGCCGAACACAACUAUUUCGUACGCGCCCGCGUUCCACAACGAGACCAAGUUCUACGUCGCCGCCGACAUCGCCACGAAGACGGACAGGAUAUCUAUUAAAGCCACCGCCGCGUCUAACCUCAUCACGAACGUGACCAUCAACGGCGUCGGCGUGAACAGCGGCGUUUUCAGCGGCGAUAUCGACCUGGCUUUUGGCUUAAACGUCUUCGAGAUUGUCGUCACCGCGGGGCAUUAUCACAUCCAGAGCACGUACACGCUGCAAGUCUCUCGCCCGGUACACGAUAACUCGUACCUCGCCGACAUGGUCGUCUCCCACCAUGAGCUCUUCAAAUACGAAGCGCCAAACCUGACGGACGUCCCGAAACCGGUGGCGCCGUGCGACUUAUACGAUGCCUCGUUUCGUUCGAGCAGCGGGCUCGCGUAUCAACCCAUGUGCGACUCCGGGGUCGUAUCCGCCGCCCCGAGCGCGCUGCACUACGGAUUCGAACUGAGCGAAACGAGCUGGAACUUAAACGACGAUUCCCUGCAAGCGUUAGCGGAGGUUGUCGACCCGACCGCGGAUAAUGUCGACGACGCGAAUCACGCGUCGCACGCGUUUCAUUUCGACGGAUUCCACUACCACUGGUUCGACUACAUCAUCGUCGCGGACACGCGGACGGAUUACGUCAUCGUGAACGCGAGCACGGCGGACGCCAACGCGGAGCUCAUCACGAUUGGACAGGUUCGGAACUGUCACGCGAUGCCGCGCACGAGCGGGUGCGUCGGGAAAGAUUUCGACGCUUGGGGGUGGGUCAGCGGCGAUCACGGGUUCACGUCCGUGAAGAGCGAGCGGUAUUCACCGCCGGUCGACUUAAGAUACGGCACGACGCUAACCACUAUCACCGUGACCGCGCACGACAGCGCGAGUAAGAGCGUGUACACGCUGCGAACCGCGCGAAUGCCGCCGAAGAUAGAUGCGGAGAUUCGCGGCGUCGGCGCGUUUUUAGACGCGCUCAUUUCACAAGCGCGGCAGCCGCGGACGGAGGUUACGUUCACGUUCCGCUUAGGAGGAGUCGACGCGAUAUGGACGCUCGAUCCGUUCCUCAGGGAGACGAUCGAGGUGCAAAUACAGAAUUUCGUGCGUUAUGCCGCGGUCGCGGACGUUCACGUGUUCGCGGACGUGUCUUCGUCGAAUAAAACCCGCGCGGGGGACGUGGACGCGGUGGUGAAGGCGAUUUUCCCGUACCCGGCGGACGCGACGACGUUGAUGACGUGGAUAUCUCAGGAAGGUUGGGUGAAUACCCCGGGGUUCACGUUCGACGAGUACCUUUUGAACUUCGGUCCGAUUUCCGUCGUCCAGGGACCGACGAGAACGACGACGCCGUCGAUUUUCGCGCCCUGGCGGAAGACGUACUAUCUCGACCUCCCCGCGGGAACGAAUUACGUCCCGAUAACGAUUCCCCCGACGGAAUCUCCCGUGGAUGGAUACGCGAUAACGAUCGACGACGAGCCGUACGCCCCCGGGUCGACGAAAUUUGUCGAAGUCGUCAAGUGCGCCAUCGGGCCCGUGCACUGCGACGCGCAAAAGACGACGAUCACGAUCGACGUGUGCGUGUUCGAGACGUGCGCGAAGUAUGUCUUCGUGCUGACGUCGCCGCCGUCCCCCGCGCCGAUCGACGACGCGUCCUUGAGAGAUUUGAACAUCACCGCGGGACCGAGCGACGCGUCGAGCCGUGUGGGCGUCGAGUACACGCCGGCGUUUCAUUACGCGCAGCGCACGUAUCGCGCCGCCGUGGACAGCUCGCUCGAGCGCGUGUACGUCGCCGCGGCGCCGAACAGUCCGCGAUAUUCCGGGCUCUUCGUGAACGGCCGACGCGUCGCGCCGUACGCGAGCGUCGCGGUGUCGAUGACCGAGCUCGAGCGGGAUUACAACGGCGUCGUCACGAUCAGGGUGAUCGCGGAGGACACGAAGACGACGUUCGAGACGAAGAUUCGCGUCUUCGUGAGGUCGCCGUUCGGGUUCAGAGCCGAGGAAGCGAACGCGUUGGACGAGUUAAAAGGAAAGUUUGGCGACAGCGGUGGCGUCCUGCCGGGCGGAAGGAGAUCGAAACCGGAGACGUCCGACGGGCAGGCGAUGCCGAACACGCUCGUCGUCGGGUUGGACGUCGAUCCGCCGAAAUUCGCGGAGUCGUACCCGCGCGUCGAGCCGCUCUGGGAGGGCGGCCCGCACCUGGAGCUCACCGCGCGAACGUCCGAACCCUCGGUCGUGUAUUACGCCCUGACCGUGCCGUGGGCGCGGCCGCCGACGACGCGCGAGGUCAUCGACGCGGCGAAGCAGAAGAGCGACACCGCGACGCGACUCAUCGCGGGCGGGAACGUCUCGGGUUUCAUCUCGACGUCGCUCGCCGCCGCCGCGGCCGCCGGCGCGGCGUCGCCGGCGCAGACGGAGUCCGGGUUCGUCGCCGCGGGCGUCAUGACGAGCGCGCAUCACAUGACGCGGGAACGGCGCGUUUUCCUCACGUGCUUGGACCCGGACGUCGGAUUCGACGCGUACUUCGUCGCGGAGGAUCGCGCGCUCGACCUCGCCCUGAAUCCCUCUCCGAAUGCGCAACCGUCACCGACGGCGGUGUUCGGCGCGCGCCCCGGCGGCGGACCCAACGGGUUGGCGGCGCCGUGGUCCGACGCCCUCGCGGACGUCGCGAUCGACCCUAAGACGUUCGCCUCCGUGAUCGGAGGCGGCAUCGCGGCCGUGACCGCGCCCGUCGGCGGCGUCGCGACGAGCACGCGCGCGCUCGUGUUCCCGGCGUCGCCCUCGGGCGCGCAGUCGCUCUCCACCGCCGCCGCCGUCGGCGCGCUGCCGUGCGACGCCGCGGUUCGCUUCGAGGUUUCCCCGCUGGACGACGCGGCGGGCGCGGGGGAUCUCGUGUUGGAAACGCGUCGGGAGCCGACCGGGGGCAUCGUCACGGCGUGGCGCGAGGUGUGGCGGAUGUCCAUGAGCGAUCUGCGCGCGGCGUCCGCGGCGGCGUCCGCGUCGGUCGGCUGGGUGUCCGUCGUCGCGGAGACGCUGGACGCCGGGGAGGACCACGUCCUGCGUUGGAGCGGGCCGGGGAACGCCACGUGGGGGCUUCGAAACGUGAGCACGCGGUACGUCGUGCCAUAG